AUGUCACCGGAGCGCUGUUACCGGGGGUCUGCAGCCCCACAGCUUGACCACAACAGGUCCCCGAUGGCCACCAAGGAGGCUGAGGGGCAACCAGCCACCACGGAUGGUGACGAGCCCAAUGGCGGUGACAACAUGGGGCAGAACCACGUGGAGAUUGGGGGGCAGCAAGUAUCUGAGGAGCCCCCCGAUAUCUAUGGGGAGAACUUUAUGGGGAGCACAACGUUGGUGACCCACGAUGAGGAGAAACCCUACAAGUGUCCCCAUUGUGGGAAGAGCUUCAAGUGGCCUUCAGGGCUCGUUACCCAUCAGAACAUCCACACUGGGGAGAAACCCUACAAAUGUGGGGACUGUGGGAAGAGUUUUAGGUUGAGGUGGAACCUCAUCAUCCAUCAACGGAUCCAUACUGGGGAGAAACCCUAUAAAUGUGCUGAUUGUGGGAUGAGUUUCCAAUGGCACUCGAGUUUGAGGUGCCACCGACACCUCCACAGCGCCGAGAAACCUUAUAAAUGUGAUGAUUGUGGGAAGAGUUUUCGGUACAGUUGGUUCCUCAUCAAACAUCAAGGUUCUCAUACCGGUGAGAGACCCUACAAGUGUCACGAGUGUGGGAAAAGAUUCACCCAGAGCUCAGCUUUGAGUUAUCACAAACGAACUCACGUCGGGGUGAAACCUUACAAGUGUGAGGAGUGUGGGAAGAGCUUCAUGUGGCCUUCAGGUUUGAGUUCCCAUCAACAUACCCAUGAGAUGGAGAAAUCCUACAAGUGUGAUGAGUGUGGGAAGACUUUUCGAUACCGUUGGUCACUCGUCACCCAUCAAAUCAGCCAUAGUGGGGUGAAACCUUACAAGUGUGAGGAGUGUGGCAAGAGAUUUACUCACAGCUCCACCGUCAACCGUCACCAACGGAUCCACACUGGAGAAAAACCCUACAAAUGUGAGGAAUGUGGGAAAAAUUUCACCAGUAGAUCAUCCCUCGUGGUCCAUCGUUUCACCCAUAACUUGGAGAAACCCUACGAGUGUGGUGAUUGUGGGAUGAGCUUCUCAUAUAGUUGGUCACUGGUGAAACACAAGCGCGUGCACACUGGUGAACGUCCUUAUGAGUGUGAUCAAUGUGGGAAGAACUUCAGCCAGAGCUCAUCUCUCCUCUACCAUCGACGGACACACACCAAGGAGAAACCCUACGGGUGUGAUGAGUGUGGGAAGAGCUUCAGAGAUCAUUGGUCCCUCGUCAAACACCGACACGGACACCUUGAUGAAGGUCCUUAUGAGUGUGAAACAUGUGGGCAAAGUUUCACCAGUAGAAAAGCUCUUGGGAGUCACAAACGUGUCCACACCCAGAAGAAA